GGUGAAGAGCAGAGCUCCAAAUGAGGUGCAGAAAAAGAGAGAGGAAGGAUUAUACACCUGUCCUAUUUAUGUGUCUUUCCUAACUCUCGAUCCAAAGGUGAAGAUGCCUGCAAAUGGAAAUCGUUCUUUAAAGUUACAGUUUGGUCUAAUCAAUCAUGAGGGACGCUACCUUACUGCAGAAAACUUUGGGUUUAAGCUGAAUGCAUCAGCUCCAAGCCUGAAGAAGAAGCAAAUAUGGAUUCUAGAGCAAGACACCCAGGAGACUCAAGUGGUGUAUUUGCGCAGUCAUCUGGGACGCUACUUGGCUUCUGACAAGGAUGGCAAAGUCACCUGUGAGGCAGAUGGCCAUAAUUCAGACUGCCGCUUCCUCAUUGUGCCACAGUCAGACGGCCGCUGGGCUCUUCAGUCUGAGCAAUACCUCCGCUUCUUUGGUGGCUCUCGGGACUACCUGUCUUGCUUUGCACAGAUGAUCACAGAUGCUGAGCUCUGGGCUGUGCACCUGGCUUUACAUCCGCAAGCCAACUUGCUGUCUGUCGCCCGUAAACGUUAUGCCCACCUCUCCCCAGAGGAUGGGGAAAUCGCUGUGGACAGGAACAUUCCAUGGGGUGUAGAAGCUCUCCUGACUCUCGUCUACCUGGAUGGAAAAUACUACUUGAAGACUUGCGAUAGACGCUUCCUCAGCAGUGACGGGAAACUACUGAAAGAAUAUGGGAGGGCCACAGCAUACACACUAGAGCUAAAGUGUGGGAAACUUGCCUUUAAAGACUGCGAGGGAAAGUACUUAUCUCCCAUGGGCCCCACAGGGACCUUAAGGUCAGGACGAUGCUCCAAACCAGGCAAAGAUGAACUGUUCGACUUGGAGGAGAGCCACCCUCAAGUGGUUCUGACAGCAGCUAAUGGUCGUUACGUCUCUAACAGGCAAGGUGUAAGCCUCGCCGCCAAUCAAGAAGAUGAAACUGACAUGGAGACAUUUCAGAUGGAGAUCGACAGGGAAAGCAAGAUGUGCACUUUCCGCACCAGCCAAGGGUAUUACUGGGCUGUGGUGGCGCAUGGAGGCAUCCAGAGCACUGCCACAGAAAUAUCUGCAGAUACAAUGUUUUCAGUGGAAUGGCUCAGCCACAAGGUGGCAAUAAAAGCAAGCAAUGGCAAAUAUAUCUGCACCAAGAAGAACGGCCAGUUGCUUGCAGUCAGUGACGCUAUAGGUGAGGAUGAGCAGCUCACUUUGAAACUGAUCAACCGGCCAAUGCUGAUCCUGAGAGGAGCUAAUGGAUUCAUCUGCCACCACAAGAACUCCAACACGCUGGAUGCUGGGAGAUCUGUCUAUGACAUCUUCACCCUGCAGUAUAGCAAUGGAGCUUAUCAUAUUAAAGGUGUGGAUGGGCGGUACUGGUAUGUGAACAGUGGUGGGCUGGUGUGCUCAGAUGGUGAGGCUCCAGAGGACUUCACUCUGGAGCUUCUGGAGCGCGGACGCCUCGCUAUCAGAGGCAAAAAUGGCAAAUACUUACGUGGAGACCAGGGGGGCACACUCAAGGGAGAUGGACUGAGUCUUAGCAGCUCUGCUCUAUGGGAGUAUUGA